AUCCAAAUCCAUCAUUUACUUCGACCAGAAAACCAGAAGUAGAAAUUGAAGGAACGAAAAUUAAAGAACACUUGAAGAGAGCACUGGUAGACAAGCUACAGGAGACGAWRAACGCAGAGAAAUGGCAUGGUCGAUUUCUCUCAUCGCGUUGGAAAGAUAAAGAACUUAGUCAAGAUGCAUGUUUUGCAUGGAUGAAAGAUUGGACGACUGCACCAACUCAUACAGUUGCUGGUAUGAUGGAGCUCUAUGAACAACUAUUGCCAACCAAAGUGUAUACGUCACACAAGACCAAAACAACCCAGGGAGAUGUAAGCUGUAGGCUGUGCGGUAAAGAAGCAGAGACCCUUCCACACGUUCUGUCAGGAUGUUCUACGCUGGCUCAAUCAAAGUACUUGGACCGACACAAUGCUGCUCUGAAGAUAUUAUUCUUUGAGAAGUGCAAAGAUCUUAAAUUAGUGGAAAGUAUUCCCCCUUGGUACUCACCUGUGACUCCAAAACCUAUCUAUGAGUCGGAUGAUGCUAAAGCUUUCUGGGAUGUACCGGUGUAUGCUGAACACACCUACGUCAAAGCCAAUAGGGUGGAUGUACGAUUCGUGGACCACAAGGCAAAGCAAGUCUGGGCAGUAGAAAUGAGCUGUCCMUGGAUUGAGAAUCGUGAAAAGAAAGUUGAGGAGAAGGCAAUCAAGUACGGUGCACUACUCUUGGAGUUAAAACAACAGCACCCUGGUUACAAGGUACAGCAAUGCAAUAUCAUAAUUGAUGCAUUGGGAGGAUGGUCAAAGAAGCUAGAGCAAACUAUGAAGAAGCUUGUUGGUGCCCGAUCAAAGUGUGUUUUGGAGAAGAUGCAGAAAGCCAUCAUCUCUUACUCGCUCCAUAUAGCACGAAUAUUUAAAGCAACUGUUAUAUAAGCUUGGACAUCUAUUUAAAUUUAUUGUAGUUAGUUUCCUUUUAGACUUUAUAGGUUACGCUGUGCGCCCUAUACAGGUCAUAGAUUUUUUGCAUCUAUACGUUUUAGUACUGCACAUAAUAAU